CGAAAAUAAGUUGCAAGAGAGUUUUUUAAUUGCUGCAUUUUUAUUGAAAUUGUGGUAAAAAUACUUCAUAUCUAAUGUAAAUAAUAUAAAAACAGUGAAAAUAAAGUAUUGUUUAGAUAUAUAAUAGUGUUGUAAUAAAAGAAAAUUAUAGAUAAUAUUUAGAAUAAAGAAAGGCUAAAAAUUCUAACAUUUCGCAAAUUGCAGUAAAUGAAUGAAUGGCUCAAGGACCCAUUUGUCAAAGACAGAUAAUACAGCGGCAACGAAAAAAAAAACAUCAAGAAAAAGAAAAAAGCAACAUUUUACUAGACAAAGCGGUUGCGAAAGAUGGAAAUGAAAGGAACCUAAAAAUCCAAGGCAGGUGUUUAUCGUCGACGCUGGCGUUUAGAAAUUAACUAGAAUUAAUUAGUUAAAGAAAAAACACUACAACAAAUAACACAUUAAUAACCAGCCAACGAAUCAAUUAUCAAAAGAAAAACAAACUUAGUGUCACUUUAAUAACAAGUCAAUUAAAAUGAUCUAGUAAUUCCAAUAAGAAAACACGCAGAAGAGUUGAAUGAAAGCAAAUAAAUGCAAUAAAUAAAUAAAAAUACCUAGAAAGUUAAUGUAUAUACAAUGAGCUCUUCCAUUGUGACAGCUAAUACAACCGCACCAGUUUCUGCCAUGGCUACUGCUGCUACAAAUUUGCCUGGUGCCCGUCCACAACCACCACCACAACAGCUAACUCCUGCUGUGGCUGGAUCUAUAAUGCCUGCCAUGAAUGCACAAUUUCGUGAAAUCCAUAAGAAUACUUGGCUCAAACGUUUAACAGCCGAGGGUAAAAAAAUAUGUGUAGGACCUAAAAAAUCUGAACGCAGUUGGGUUGUAUUUUGUGUACACGAUGAUACCGAAGCGUUGUUAGAAGGUUAUGCUGAACCUCGACAGGCUCCAUCACAUAAUCCCGAAUGGGUUGUCUCCAUGCAGGAUACAUUGCACAUUUCUCACGCACUAAUUCCAAAUUCACAUGAAUUCGAAUUUGUUGUCACGCUCAGCAAUGAAGUGGUGCGUUUUCACGCUAUGUCAUGGGAUAUUAUGCAAGAAUGGGUCGAAACAUUACGCUCAAAAUUAAGAGAAAUGAAAAUACUUUCACCGCGCGAAAAUCUUUAUACAAAACUACCAGAAGUAAGGGCACCACUAUUGCCAACAAGAGAUCCGACUUCACCAUUGCCAGCACCACCACCGGUACCAGCCGCCAUAGUACCCGGUGUGGAAAGAGUUAUACCUCCUAGUAUUCAACAACACGUUCAGCAGAACUCAACAGCAUUAGAAGCUAAUGACGCAAGAAAUUCGAUCAAUAAUUCAGGUACAUCUUCAUCACUUAUAACAAACGAUUGCAAUACCACAGACAUAACAACAACGACGACAACUACACAAGCAUCAUCAAUAACCACAUCAACAACGAAUUUGACGGCAACUGUGCCGCAUCUAACAUCCAUGUCAAAUACUCUAACACAAAAUCUUUUAAAUAUGCUAUCGGAUCCAAUUAGUGCUUAUAGCGAGCAAUUAAAUGAUGCUAAUUCCUCUUCGUCCUCUAUAGAACCAGACGACGUUGUUACUGGUUCAUCGUCUCUUUCUUUAGCUAUGGAAAGAGAUUUUAAUUUAAGUGAUACUUCGACAGAGGAAGAAUUUAUAGGUCCAUUAUUACGUAAACCCAGUGCAAAUACCAGUGAUAUAAGUGGAACAUUUACUAACAAUAGCGUACGCUUAGAUGUUUUAGCAGCUCAUCGCGCUUCGGCAGAUCAAAUAAGAAAUUUAGAAAAUAUAUUGCAGUGUGAACGUUAUAUACCAAGACCACAAACAUCACGCUCCUUAUCCGCAGGUGCCGUAGACAAAUCGAAAAGGCAAACUAUUAAUGACAAAGUUGAACCUAAUAAAAAAUUAUCGUCCCAAAUGGUAGCCAAUACUAGUAGCAAGGGCAAUAACAUAACAGAACUGGAAAUUAAUUCAGAUACUUCCACACCAUCAUCAACAUCUAAUGAUACAUCCAAUACCAAUAUCACAAUAAUACAAGUAUCAACAGAAAACACAAACGAUAAGACGGCAACUAGUUCUGGUGAAAGUGAUUAUGAACCACCAAAAUUGCCACAUAAAACAACGGCUACCGCAGCUGCAGCAGAUGUGUUUAAAUUUCCCGAUGCCCAUGUGUCAGUCACAAAAAAUAUAAAACAUAAUGAAUACAAAAGUAAUGUACAAAUAAUUCCGUCCAGUAGUAAUAAAAGUAGCUGUAGUAGUAAUCACAAUCAUAAUAAUAGCAGUACUAUACAAGUAAUGGGUAAUUCAACGACAAUGGUGGGAGGUAAUCAAUAUACAACUCCAGUUAAAAAAUCACAAAUAUCAUCCUCAACAAGAAUAGAUGAGCAUAGCAAAAUAACAACAGUACAUGUGGCAGGUACUGAUAACACAUAUGGUACAUGUUUUACACCGCCCUCAUCAUCUGCCUCAGCAUCACACACGUCCACGCCUAAAAUGCCUAAGAAAAUUAUAUUAUCAGCUAAUACGUCCGGAAUAACAAAUAUUACAGUAAAUAACACAACGACCAGUGAAGAAAUAUCCACAAUAACAUCAGCAGCAGCAGUGUUAAGAAAAAAUUCUAAUGAAUUUGCAACUUCCAGCACAUCAACAAAUUUAAAUAAAACAAAUAAUGGACUUCAUUAUGAGAAGGUUUUUCUUUCAAAUAGUGCUUCAAUAAACACAGCUGAUCCAGUUGGUAGUGUACAACCAACAACAUCUUCAUCUCAUAAUGUCACACCAAUAUCACCGAAAUGGAGUUCGCCACAUCACCGACAAUCAAAACAACGUACUAAAGAAAAUACUGGAGCAUCAGCUUUGGGAAAAUCGACAGCAGCCUCAAAUGGUGUCGAUAAAAAAGUAAAAUCACAAAAUUCAACAACUAAACAGCACAGUGGUGAACAGCGCCACAAAUCGCCCACACAAAUGCAGCAACAAACUGGAGAUCAACCGAUGUCAUCUGUGAAUAUGGGCAGUCCAGCUAUGGGUAGAAGAAGAUUUGUUUCGCCCACAAAUAGCAGACCCACACAACCAGCUGCAGCUAGACCUCCAUUCAUUCUAACGAGAGGACUAACAGAGGCUGUUAUAACAAGCAGACCUAGUCGAAAAGAUUUCCAUUUCCUUAACAAACUCUCGGUGACAAAAACAAAAUCCUCAAAUACUAAUGCCAACAGUAGUAAAUCAUCAAAUACGGCCAAUAACAAUGAUAAUGGUUCUGGUUCUUCCGCCUCCAUAACUGCAACACCAUCACACCUAGCCGUUAAUCGUACAACAUCUGAAGCUUUAGAACAGCGCAGGCGUAGUUCGUCUACUUCGGAUGCUCAGUCACAACGACAUGCACGUGGUACUAAUAACAACGAUCCAUCUAAUCGUGCUAAUGUUGGCAGUGGUGGACCUCUACGUCAGCCUCCCCAGCCUUUUCGUUUAGCGGAAAAUAUUCUUGGUGUAAGUUCUAGUCCAGGUAAUACCACAUCGCCGGCCAAACGUAUGACUUUAAGAGAACAACAAGUAAUGCAAUUACGCCGUGAAAUAAUGCAUCCUGGUGGUGUCCGUUUGCAAUUAAGACGUAAAGAUUGUGUAGGUUCAAUUGCAUGGGUGGAUUCGUUUGGUGCUGUCUGGGUGGCUGGUUGGAAGCAAAAAGAACAUCCUGUUUUAUAUAACGCGCUACAUAUUGGCGAUCAAUUGCUUUCGAUAGCAGGUGUAACAAUAAGUUCAGCCACAGAAGCCAACAAAAUUAUACGGAAUACCAAUACACUAUUUGUCGAAGUCUUGGUACGUCGUAUACCAUUUGGCCGUGGUUAUGCCAUACGACGAGAAAGAGAAGGUCAAUGUUUAGGUUUAAUACGUGACGGUAAUACAGCUACUAUAGUCGAUGUAGUACCAAACAGUUUAGCAGCUAGACAUGGUCUACCCCCUAAGGCCCAGUCAUGUGAUGGUACUACUUUAACAUUUUGGGUACUCACAGAAAUAAAUGGCCGUCCAUUGAAUUUAUUUUUUAAAGAUAAUGAAAUACGCGACCGCUUAAAUUCGGUCGGUCGUGAUAUUUCCAUAUUGGUGCAACCGUCAGAUUUAAUAACGAAACUUAAGAAACAACUCAAAUCAUUACGCGGAUAUAAGGAUUAUUUGGUGCAAUAACCCUAAAUUUAUUAUUAAUUUGUAAAACAAACAAAACAAAAGCUAAAAGCAUUCACAUUUUAAGACACUCUCAAUCUCAUCAUUGGUAAGAUUUUUACGUUUAAAUUGUUUUCUCUAAGACUUUUUGCAAUUAGUAACCAUUAUUAUUCCAAUUUUAAUAAUACAAAGUAGUAUGUAUUUUUUAAAACUUAAUAAUGUCUCAAACAAGUUUUCGUAUAAUGAAAAACUUUUAUAGUCAGUAUAUAUUAGAUUAGAGACAUACAUUUAUAAAGUACU